CGACCCAGCCGCCUGAAGUUCCAGGAUCGUUUAUCCCCCGGGCGAGCCGGGAGGCCCCGCAGCUGUCCCGGUGAUUGAUGAGGACGGUUCCGGAGCCGGCGAGUGCGGGCCCUGCGGCCCCAGCGGUCCGCUGCAGACGCGGGCGUUGGAAGAAGGUGUUGUACGAGCGGCAACCGUUCCCCGAUAAUUAUGUGGAUGGGAGUUUCCUGGAGGAACUGCGGAAGAACAUUUACGUGCGGCAGUACCAGUAUUGGUCGGUGGUGCUUGAAUCCAGUGUAGUUAUCCAGCAGCUCUCCAGUGUUUGUGUAUUUGUCAUCAUCUGGUGGUACGUGGACCAGACCCGUCUCGCUCCUCAGCAGCUCUUUGGCUGUGGGCUGAUCAUCUGUCUCCUCGGCUACCUCCUGUUUGACCUCAUCGACCUUGGAGAAGGACGAAUGCACAAUGGGCGAACAAGGUGGGCUGACCUAAAGAGCACUGUUGUCUUUGUGACAUUCACCUACGGAUUUUCACCAGUCCUCAAAACGCUAACUGAAUCCAUCAGCACCGACACCAUCUACGCCAUGUCUGUCUUCAUGCUGUUGGGCCACCUGAUAUUCUUCGAUUAUGGAGCCAAUGCAGCCAUUGUCUCAAGCACACUCUCACUGAACAUGGCCAUCUUCGCCUCGGUGUGCCUGGCUUCCAGACUGCCCAGCUCCCUCCACGCCUUCGCCACCGUCACUUUGGCCAUCCAGAUCUUCGCGCUGUGGCCGAUGUUUCAGAAGAAGCUGAAGGCCCGAGCCCCUGGCAGCUACCUGGCCGCCACUGUGGUCUAUGCCCUGGCCGCGGUGCUGGGGCUCCUGACCGUCUCGCCCACUGCUGCCGUCCUCUUCGCUUUGCUGCUGUUGGCCGUGGCUUUCCUCUGCCCUUACUACCUCGUCGCUCUGCAGUCCUCUAAAGACAACAUCCAUGGUCCCUGGGACGAGGCUGAAAUCAAGGAAGACCUGUCCAGGUUCCUAGGCUAGUGGAAUAUCAGGAGCAGGUCCUGGUUCAGGGGUGCGUCCGGGGGAGGGGCUGAACCCCGACACACCACCUGGUCCCUGCACCAUACUCCUGGAACGCUGGCUCACCCCAACAGUGGGGCCAGUAUCUGAAAUGGGAUAAACGGAGGAGCCUUUCCACCUGCUUCCUGGUGCCCAGAGGAGCCUCCUCUCCACCCUUCCCCUACCAGCCUCAGCAUUCACCGCCCACUCCAGGACGUCACCUUGGCCAGUCGGACGCUGUGACUUCUUCGCACACUCCCAAGUCACAGGCAGGCUGCAACUCGGUGGUUCUUGGGGUCUCCUCCUGCUCACCCCCAGAAAAGGAUCAGGAUUUGUUCUCCCACUACACGCCCCAUGCCUACUGCUCUGCCAUCAGUCGCUCAGAGCUGGUUCUACAUCUCACCAUCGAGGAAUUCCUGUGACACUUCAUAUGCUUUCACAUUACCAUCCCUCAUCUCCCAGCAGAACUGCAUACCUAGUCUAACAAAUCAUUCCUACCCUAACCCCCGCUAUAUAUUAAAAAAAUACUCACACACAGAUGGCGGAAAUCUGACAAAAACACAGAAUGUGCUGGAAACUCGACAUGUUGGGCAAUGACUGUGGAGGGAACAUGGACCCCCAGAAUUUGAUCCAAGACUUUAACCAUUCCUCUCUCCAUGGAUGCAGCCUGACCUGCUAAGUGUUUCCGGUACUCUGUUGCAGGCCAGUGCAGCCUCCCAGUUCCAGAGACCCCCAGUUUGACCCCUCGACCUCUGGUACUUGUUUGUGGGUGCAGAGUUUUCACCCUCCGUGUGACCUUAUGUCUUUUCCCCUUCCUUGGUGCUCUGCUUUCCUCUCACUCGCGGGCCAGUGAGCUAAUUGCCCCAGUGUGUAGGUAAGGAAUAGAAUGUGGGGGGAUUCAAUGGGGCCACUGUGGGGAAAGAUAAAAUGGGUUUGUGUGAAUGGGUGGUUGGUCGGCAGUGGGCAGACGAGCCGGGUUGCUGCUUCACAUCAGAACCACGUGUCCAGACCUGACCAAUCUUCAUUCAGCUCCAACAAAAACACUAUAGCAAGCGGCCCUCGUUUAACACCAGCCCACACACAAAGAAACACGUAGAUAUUCCUCAGGUCCCUGGACCGAGCACUGUCAUGGGGAGCAGGAGCAGUGGACCCAGCCAAGAUGGAAAAAUGAAACCCUUGCAUGAUACAAUCAUGGCUGGGAGUUGCCCAACAGCUAUUCGGCAGAUCGUUGCUGGCUAUUCUGCAGCCAGAAGUUGGGUGCUAAUGCAACAGGGACUUCUCAAAGUACCAAAAGACUGCUUGGACAUCUUAUGCUAGCGGCAGCUUUGGCCUGGAUUUGACCAAGGUUCUGCGGAAGAAUUAGCAACUUUUACUCUUGCCUGUCCCGCUGAAGGGAACUUCAAGACAUAUGCUUGUCAAAGUCCCUCCCUCUACUCUGUUACUCCACUGCUUCUGGUCUUUCUCAGGUUGAGACUCCAGCCAGAAUACUGGAGCGAGAUUGCUGUUCUCUCCAUUCCACGUGUUGGAAUUCACCCAGCCAAGGAACAGCCUCUCCUUUGAGGGAUUUUGUUCACAUUUUUAUAUUUUUAUAAUUGUAUCUUUAAAUACUUGUUUUAUUUUAAAUUAAUAAUUUAUAAAGUUUAAUAUAGC